AUUUGGUCACAUUAUAUUAUUGGAGACUAUUAUUUAAUAAACAUUUCGUGUUAAAUUUCUGAAAUAAAAAAUAAGAGCACAAAUGAGACACGUCCAAUUUCUGGCCCGCACUGUUUUGGUGCAAAACAACAAUGUGGAGGAGGCGUGCCGAAUGCUAAACCGCGUUUUGGGCAAGGAAGAACUUCUCGACCAAUUCCGGCGCACACGCUUCUACGAAAAGCCCUAUCAGGUGCGUCGCCGCGUUAAUUUCGAGAAAUGCAAGGCUAUAUACAACGAGGACAUGAACCGGAAAAUCCAGUUUGUUUUGCGGAAAAAUCGUGUUGAACCCUUUCCCGGUUGCAGUUAGUUGUUAUUUUUAUAUUAAUAAAAUGUAGACAACCUUUAGGAAUUAAAAAAGUGUUUGAUCUUGGCCUAUUCUGUUAUAUUGA